AUGAACGCGUCUGAUGCAGAGUCCACUAAGCCGGUCUUCGCAUCCUCGGCCAAGGGAAAAGGCAAGGCUGUCGACCGAGGUGCACAAGACGUGUCGCAGGACGAAACACUUCCAUGGGUAGAGAAGUAUCGACCGAAUUCGCUGGAUGACGUAGUAUCUCACAAAGACAUCACCAGCACUAUUGAGAAGUUCAUCGAGAAGAAUAGGUUACCACAUCUGUUGUUCUAUGGACCACCUGGAACUGGAAAGACGUCUACUAUCCUCGCAGUAGCGCGUCGUAUAUACGGAGCAGGUUACAAGAAGCAAACACUAGAGUUGAAUGCUUCAGACGACCGUGGUAUCGACGUCGUCCGCGAACAAAUCAAACAAUUCGCCGAAACACGCACGCUCUUCUCCAAGGGCUACAAACUCAUCAUCCUCGACGAAGCAGACAUGAUGACCACAGCAGCCCAGGCCGCCCUCCGCCGCGUCAUCGAGCAAUACACGAAGAAUGUCCGCUUCUGCAUCAUCUGUAAUUAUGUGAAUAAGAUCGUGCCGGCGAUACAGAGUCGCUGUACGAGGUUUAGGUUCUCGCCGUUGCCGAUGAAGGAGGUGGAGAAGAGAGUGGACCAUGUUGUGGCGGCUGAAGGUGUGAAGUUGACGGAGGACGGAAAGAAGGCGCUGUUGAAGCUCUCUAAAGGCGACAUGCGACGAGCCCUCAAUAUCCUGCAAGCAUGCCACGCUGCAUACGACCAGACCGGUGAAACCGAAGUGUAUAACUGUACAGGAAGCCCUGAACCCGCUGAUAUCGAGACCGUGGUCAACUCGAUGAUCACGGAUGAGUUCACCACGUCUUACCACAUGAUCAGCACGUUGAAGACAGAACGAGGUCUCGCACUGCAGGACCUACUGAUAGGUGCAUACGAAUACAUCGAAGGCAUCGACUUCCCUCCAGCUGCGAGAGUAUAUCUACUAGAUCAUCUAGCGACGACCGAGCAUCGACUCUCGACAGGCGGUAGCGAGAAGAUCCAGUUGACCGCGUUAUUGGGCGCGUUCAAGAACGCGGUGGAGUUGACGGAAAAGGCGAAGGAAUCAUAG